CCCAGACCGAGCGCCCGAGGUGCCGCAGCCGCUGCCGCCGCCGCGAUGUGACCUUCAGGGCCGCCAGGACGGGAUGACCGGAGCCUCCGCCCCGCGGCGCCCGCGGCUCGCCUCGGCCUCCCGGGCGCUCUGACCGCGCGUCCCCGGCCCGCCAUGGCCCCUUCGCCCUCGCCCGGGCCCGCGGCCCCGCGCGCCGCGCCGCUGCCCCUGCCGUUGCGGCUGCUGCUGCUGCUGCUGGCCUCGGAGUACGCGCUCGCCGCGUUGUUGCCGGCGCGCGAGGCCACGCAGUUCCUGCGGCCCAGGCAGCGCCGCGCCUUCCAGGUCUUCGAGGAGGCCAAGCAGGGCCACCUGGAGAGGGAGUGUGUGGAGGAGCUGUGCAGCCGCGAGGAGGCGCGGGAGGUGUUCGAGAACGACCCCGAGACGGACUAUUUUUACCCGAGAUACUUAGGCUGCAUCGACAAGUAUGGGUCUCCGUAUGCCAAAAACCCAGGCUUCGCCACCUGCGUGCAGAACCUGCCUGACCAGUGCACGCCCAACCCCUGUGAUAAGAAGGGGACCCAAGCCUGCCAAGACCUCAUGGGCAACUUCUUCUGCCUGUGUAAAGCCGGCUGGGGGGGCCGGCUCUGUGACAGAGAUGUCAAUGAAUGCAGCCAGGAGAAUGGGGGCUGCCUCCAGAUCUGCCACAACAAGCCGGGCAGCUUCCACUGUGCCUGCCACAGCGGCUUCCAGCUCUCCUCUGACGGCAGGACCUGCCAAGGACACCGGACUGCGUGGAUGGGACAGACAGUUGCUCAGGGAGAAACAGGCCCAGGAGCUGGAGAGUGAAUCUGACCAGACAGGAGGGGCCACACGCUGUCCCCCGAUUUCAAAAGACAUAGACGAGUGUGCAGACUCGGAGGCCUGCGGGGAGGCACGCUGCAAGAACCUGCCCGGCUCCUACUCCUGCCUCUGUGACAAGGGCUUUGCAUACAGCUCCCAGGAGAAGGCCUGCCGAGAUGUGGAUGAGUGUCUGCAGGGCCGCUGUGAGCAGGUCUGCGUGAACUCCCCGGGCAGCUACACCUGCCACUGUGAUGGGCGCGGGGGCCUCAAGCUGUCCCAGGACAUGGACACCUGUGAGGACAUCUUGCCGUGCGUGCCCUUCAGCAUGGCCAAGAGCGUGAAGUCCUUGUACCUGGGCCGGAUGUUCAGUGGGACCCCCGUGAUCCGACUGCGCUUCAAGAGGCUGCAGCCCACCAGGCUCGUAGCUGAGUUUGACUUCCGGACCUUUGACCCCGAGGGCAUCCUCCUCUUCGCUGGAGGCCACCAGGACAGCACCUGGAUCGUGCUGGCCCUGCGAGCCGGCCGGCUGGAGCUGCAGCUGCGCUACAAUGGCGUCGGCCGCGUCACCAGCAGCGGCCCGGUCAUCAACCACGGCAUGUGGCAGACGAUCUCUGUUGAGGAGCUGGCGCGGAAUCUGGUCAUCAAGGUCAACAGGGACGCUGUCAUGAAAAUCGCGGUGGCCGGGGACUUGUUCCAACCAGAGCGAGGACUGUAUCAUCUGAACCUCACCGUGGGAGGCAUUCCCUUCCAUGAGAAGGACCUCGUGCAGCCUAUAAACCCUCGUCUGGAUGGCUGUAUGAGGAGCUGGAACUGGCUGAACGGAGAAGACACCACCAUCCAAGAAACGGUGAAAGCGAACCCGAAAAUGCAGUGCUUCUCGGUGACAGAGAGAGGCUCCUUUUACCCGGGGAGUGGCUUUGCCUUCUACAGCCUGGACUACAUGCGGACCCCUCUGGACAUCGGGACAGAAUCGACCUGGGAAAUAGAAGUCGUGGCUCACAUCCGCCCGGCCGCAGACACAGGGGUGCUGUUCGCACUCUGGGUCCCCGACCUCCGUGCCGUGCCUCUCUCUGUGGCCCUGGUAGACUAUCACUCCACAAAGAAGCUCAAGAAGCAGCUGGUGGUCCUGGCCGUGGAGCACGUGGCCUUGGCCCUAAUGGAGAUCAAGGUCUGCGAUGGUCAAGAGCACAUGGUCACCAUCUCGCUGAGGGAGGGUGAGGCCACCCUGGAGGUGGACGGCACCAGGGGCCAGAGCGAGGUGAGCGCCACGCAGCUGCAGGAGAGGCUGGCCGUGCUCGAGAAGCACCUGCGGAGCCCCGUGCUCACCUUUGCCGGCGGCCUGCCAGAUGUGCCGCUGACUUCAGCGCCAGUCACCGCAUUCUACCGCGGCUGCAUGACACUGGAGGUCAACCGGAGGCUGCUGGACCUGGACGAGGCGGCAUACAAGCACAGUGACAUCACCGCCCACUCCUGCCCGCCCGUGGAGCCCACCGCAGCCUAGGCCCCCAUGGGACGCAGCAGGCUCCUCAGCCUCUGUCCGAAACAGCGGAGGAGCAUGGGGGCUCCUCACCACGUGGGGCCACCUGAGAGCUGGGCUUUCCUCUGUGACCGUCCUGGCCUGUAACAUAUCUGUAAAUAGUGAGAUGGACGUGGGGCCUCUGACGCCGUGCACUCAGCCGCAGGCCCGGGCACGGGGAGGCCGGCGCAGGGCAGAGCGGGUUCGAAGAAAAUAAUUCUCUAUUAUUUUUAUUACCAAGCGCUUCUUUCUGACUCUAAAAUAUGGAAAAUAAAAUAUUUACAGAAAGCUUUGUAA